GCAAAGAAAAACGAUAGCGAAGCUUCUAAAUUUCUCUAACAAUGAAAAUAAAAUAAAUAUAACUGAGAUUUUGUUUUUUUAAAUGGGAAAAGUAGCAAUAGUCUUUUCAGCAUCAAGAAGAGAGAACAUACCCAUAUUAAACAUCUUUUCCUUGAGGGAUGAUGGUGAUGAUGGCUCCACUAUCUCCACAACAUCAUCCCUUGUAGGAUAUGUAUAUAUAUAGCCCCAUUGAGAUCUUAUUGUAAUUACACACAACUUAGACAACUUGCCUACUUCUUCAUUCUAAAGCUCUUACAGAUUAGAGUGUGAGUUCUAAAAGUUAUUCAAUGGAGGGUAAAGGACGAGCCGGGUCAUCAACUUCUUCCUCUUUCACCGCCGAACUCUUUGGCUCCAAAGACCCUUCUCCACCAUCUUCUUCCUCUGGCAUCUUCUCCUCCAUUUUCCCUCAUCCAUCCAAGGGUGUUGAUAGAGAUGGUUCAAAUUCCAAACAUGGCUCACAAGCUCAACGUAGAGAAUCUUCAACUGGAGAAGAUAGAGUUGAGCCAUGUCAUCUAAGCUCUUCUCUUUACUACGGUGGUCAAGACGUAUACUCUCGAUCCACCACCAACCAAACUUACCCUGCAGUUAAAAAUGAGCGCAAAAGAAACGGAGAAGACGAUGCUAAUGGACAGAACUCACAAGAUGUUUCAAGAGGAAACUGGUGGCAAGGUUCCCUUUAUUACUAAAGAACCACUUCCGGUAGUUUCUUUGUAAAUCUCUCCAGAAACCCAUGAAGCUCAAGCCAAGUACUAAUAUCUACUGAACCAAGACUUUGUAUAAUAUAAGUGUAUGCAGUAAAACAAAAGUUGUUUAGGAGAUUUCAAUGAUUAAAUAAUAAUAUCAAAGAAAUCUCCUAAUAAAAUUUGUCUAGUACUUGUUCUAAUCAACUGUAUCAGUAUCUA